UUGAGAUAGAUGGAUCCAUGUACCCAGUUGUCUACUCUCUUCUACCCGGGAAAAGUCAGCACAUCUACACAAGAUUCUUCACACUACUCAAGACAUUCAUGGCAGACAACCACCUACCCAUGUCGCCCGACACAGUAUUCGUUGACUUUGAGACAGCUGUCCACAACGCAAUCCGCACCGUCUUCCCAGGGACCGAUAUCAAGGGCUGCUUCUUCCACUACACCCAAUGCGUCUGGAGAAAGGCACUGAUGACUGGACUACAGCUUCCAUACCGGGACAACGAAGACAUCAGGAGACUGGUUCGCCGUGCAGCAGUCCUACCUCUGGUACCUGAGCAGCAAGUUGAGGAUGUCUGGUUUCACGCACUACAGGACAUUGAGUACGCCGACCUACCAGCUAACGUGACACCAUUCACGGACUAUGUUGUUGACCAAUGGGUGGAUGGAGACCGACCAGUUUGGAACCACUACGACAACGAUGGACCACGUACCACCAACCACCUAGAAGCCUGGCACGGGAAGCUGAAGAAGAUUGUGCAACACGCCCAUCCAAACAUCUUCGAGAUCAUCCAGACAUUCAAAGACAUUCAGGCUACCAACGAAAUUGCAAGACUCCAACGACGCGCCGGUGGAACCAGACGACCCCGACCCAAGAGGUACAGAAACAUUGACACCCGCCUUGCUCUGCUGAAACAGAGACUGGAGAGCAACACCAUAGACAUCAUUGCGUACGCUGAUGCAGCAUCUGAGCUUCUUCACUUGGGUUGA